CACCUGAACUCACCUGUGUGAUACAUGACUCAACUGUGAUGAGUUUCAUCAGCGAGAGGAGUCCACGCUGUGACACACCUUAGCUCACCUGUACCAGACAUUCAGAGCAGCAUGCAGCAGAUCUACAGACAGAGCGACCAACAGUUUGAGGUUUAUACCACCGUCUUCUCCCCACAAGUGUGCAGGUCGAGGACGAGGAUGAGACAUGUGGAGGCACAGAAGGUGGUGGUGGCAGUGGCGCAUUAUCGGUCCCGCUGGCCGAAAGAACUGGACCUGAAUGAGGGAGACGUGAUCCAGGUCCUGUUUAAGGAGGACCAGACCUGGUGGUUUGGACGGCUGAAGAAUGGAAACGAGGGUUACUUCCCCACAGCCUGUGUGGAGCCGCUCCAGGGCGGCGCUUCCUCUACAGCCACGCCCACGCUGGUGAGGAGAGUGUCUGUACCGGCCGUUGUGACGGCUGCAGGCGCCCCCUGUGGCUGCACCAGCGGUCGCAGCACUCCGAAGCUGCUGAGGCGAGACAGCGUCCGCCGGCCACUGGGACUCGAAGGGCACUUGGAGACUCGGGGCCCCUCGGUGGCUCCUCCUCACAGCUCCCCAAGCCUCCUGCACCGAGUCCUGGCCAAGUCCAGGAGGAAGAGCUGCCCCCACCUCCCCCACCCUCCUCAGGAGAAUGGCUCCGUCAACAGCGCCUUCCAGCCGGACUAGACUGCGAGCUGCUGAUCUGUGAUGAGUCACGCCUCCCAGACAUGAGGACAUUUAGCUUCUUACUGAUUUUCUUGCAUUUUUGAUUCUCUUCUGACCCAGAACCAAAGAGAAAAACCUCAGUCCUGACUGACAGCUUGACUCCAUCAGGUCCAAGUCACUGAGGUGACUCGGACACAUUGUUUUCGAGUCCCUGACGUCACAUCAAGUGACGUCUCAAGUGUCAGUACUGAGCUGAGUCUCACUCAAAGUAUGAAUGACAUCACAGGGACAAGUCUCUGAGGUCAUGCCCGAGUCAUCAUCUGAGAUCAUGAUUAGUCGCCAAGUUCAUCUCCAAGUUACAAUGUCAUGUCAAAGCCUUUCAGGUCAAAGUUACUGAGACAAUUCCCAAGUCACUGACAUCCUAUUCAUAACUCUGAAGUCAAGUUCAAGUCACCGAGAUCAUCUCAAAUCAGCAAGUCAGGUCCAAGUCAGAAAAGUCUGAUGUGCUUCCUGAGGUCAAGUGUGAGUCACCGAGGUCAUGAAAGAGUCACUGAGAUCCCACUUCAGUCACUAAAGUCAAACUCUAGUGAUCAUGUCUGAGUUAUCAAGUCCGUGUCCCUGAUCUGAACUUGUUUAUUUUUAAACCACCUGUUAAGUUACUCAACAGGAUGUACUGUUUACACUUAUUUACUUUGUAAGUAUCUUGGAACAACAACACUGUGUUUCCAUGU